AUGACGACCGACAUCACGGUGUCCCGCUGGGACCCGUCCGUCCGCAGCGGACAGGAGAUCAUUGACGAGUACGAUGGCGGCAAUUCAUCAUCAAGGCUAUUCGAACGAUCGCGUAUUAAAGCGCUCGCAGACGAACGAGAAAGUGUACAGAAGAAGACCUUUCAGAAAUGGGUGAAUUCUCACCUGGUGCGUGUGGGGUGUCGCAUCAACGAUCUGAAUGUGGAUAUGAGGGAUGGGAAGAUGCUCAUCAAACUACUGGAAGUACUAUCAGGAGAGAGAUUGCCUCGCCCAACAAAAGGCAAGAUGAGAAUCCAUUGCCUUGAGAACGUCGAUAAAGCUUUGCAGUUCCUCCGUGAACAGAGAGUCCACCUCGAGAACAUGGGCUCUCAUGACAUCGUUGAUGGGAACGCCAGACUUAACCUGGGUCUUAUAUGGACCAUCAUAUUGAGAUUCCAGAUCCAAGAUAUUACUAUCGAAGAAACAGACAAUAAGGAGACCAAAUCGGCUAAAGACGCGCUGUUACUGUGGUGUCAAAUGAAGACGGCCGGUUAUAACAACGUGAAUGUUCGUAACUUCACCACGUCCUGGCGCGACGGACUCGCCUUCAACGCCAUCAUACACAAACACAGACCCGAGCUCAUACAGUUUGAAAAGCUGCACAGGAGCAAUCACAUACAUAAUCUGAACAACGCUUUUAAUGUCGCUGAGGAAAAACUCGGACUGACCAAGCUUUUGGAUGCUGAAGAUAUCGCGGUUGAGCAUCCAGAUGAGAGGUCCAUCAUUACGUACGUGGUGACAUACUACCACUACUUCAGUAAGCUGAAACAGGAGACGGUGCAAGGGAAACGUAUUGGAAAAGUGGUGGGGAUAGCCAUGGAGAACGAAAAAAUGGUGCAGGAGUAUGAAUCUUUGACUAGUGAUCUUCUCCAAUGGAUCGAGCGUACUAUCGAAGCUCUUGGUGACAGAACAUUCGCAAACUCUCUGGAGGGAGUUCGUCAACAACUCAUACAGUUCGCUAAUUAUCGUACUGUCGAAAAACCACCCAAGUUCGUAGAGAAGGGUAACUUGGAGGUAUUGCUAUUCACACUCCAGUCUCGUAUGCGAGCCGCCAAUCAGAAGCCUUACACUCCUCGCGAGGGACGAAUGAUACAUGAUAUAAACAGGGCCUGGGAAAGACUUGAAAAGGCUGAACAUGAAAGAGAAUUGGCGUUGCGAGAGGAACUCAUACGACAGGAGAAGCUCGAACAACUGGCCGCCAGAUUCAACCGUAAGGCCCAAAUGCGUGAGACAUGGUUGUCUGAGAAUCAACGUCUUGUGAGUCAAGAUAACUUCGGUUUCGACCUAGCGGCUGUGGAGGCGGCCGCUAAGAAACAUGAAGCUAUUGAAACAGACAUCUUCGCUUAUGAAGAGAGGGUACAGGCUGUAGUGGCUGUGUGCUCUGAACUACAAGCUGAGAGAUAUCAUGAUAUGGAACGUGUUUGCGCUCGUCGUGAUAACGUGCUCCGCUUGUGGGCUUAUCUGCUGGAACUGCUGCGGGCGAGGCGCGCCAGGCUCGAGCUGUCUCUACAGCUGCAACAGAACUUCCAGGAGAUGCUAUACAUCCUGGACUCCAUGGAAGAAAUCAAGAUGCGUCUGUUGACUGACGACUACGGGAAACAUCUCAUGGGAGUAGAGGACCUGUUGCAGAAACACGCUCUGGUCGAAGCUGACAUAAAUGUACUAGGGGAACGAGUCAAGGUGGUUGUCGGUCAAUCCCAGCGCUUCCUGGAACAAGAGGAAGGCGGUUACCGUCCCUGCGACCCCGCUAUCACUGUGGAGCGGAUACAACAACUGGAGAACGCGUACGCUGAGCUCGUACAUCUGGCUGUGGAACGCAGGAAGCGUCUAGAAGACAGUCGUAAACUGUGGCAGUUCUACUGGGAUAUGGCUGAUGAAGAGAACUGGAUUAAGGAGAAGGAACAGAUUGUGUCUGUUGAUGACAUCGGACAUGACCUAUCAACUGUGUAUCUGUUGGUGUCCAAACACAAAGCGCUUCAAGCGGACGUCGAGGCUCAUGAGUUGCAGCUAAUGGAUGCAGCCGCUGUAGGAGAUGAAUUGGUUGGUCAGGGACAUUUCGGAGCCGCUCGUAUACAGGAACGUCUGCGAGAUAUUCUGUCUCAAUGGAACCACCUCCUGGACGUGGUACAUCUCCGUAAGAACCGUUUGGACGCAGCCGUACGCUAUCACCAACUGUUCGCUGACGCUGACGACAUCGACUUCUGGAUGUUGGAUACUCUCAGGCUCGUCUCGUCUGAGGAUACCGGUGUAGAUGAAGCUCAAGUCCAGAGUCUGUUGAAGAAACACAAGGACGUUACUGACGAACUGAAACAUUACGCCAACGUUAUACAACAACUGAAACAACAGGCGGCCGAGCUAAGUCCCGAGGAUGCUAACAGCACGGAAGUCCAAGAGCGUCUGGCUGCUAUAGACUCGCGACACGGCGAGCUGGCGGAGAUCGCUCGUCUGCGCAAGCAGCGCUUGUUAGACGCGCUGUCGCUGUUCAAGCUGUUGGCUGAGGCUGACGCUGCGGACCAAUGGAUCGCGGAGAAGGAUCGCAUGUUGGAUACUAUGCUGCCACCCAAAGAUAUUGACGACGUGGAGAUUAUGAAACAUAGGUAUGACGGUUUCGACAAGGAGAUGAACGCGAACGCUAGCCGCGUGGCUGUAGUGAACCAGCUGGCUCGACAACUGGUACACGUAGAACAUCCGCAGGCGCCGCGCAUACAGGACAGGCAGCAGGCGCUCAACGCGGCCUGGAGCGCGCUACGGGAGAAGGCCGAAGCUAAGAAGGACGAUUUGAAAUCAGCGCAAGGCGUGCAAACAUUCUACAUCGAAUGCCGUGAGACUGUGUCGUGGAUCGAAGACAAGAAACGUAUUCUACAACAGACGGACAACUUGGAGAUGGACCUCAAUGGUGUAAUGACCCUCCAGCGUCGCUUGUCUGGUAUGGAGCGUGAUCUGGCCGCCAUUCAGGCUCGCAUCGCCUCCCUUGAGAGCGAGGCUUCAGCUAUAGAGAAUGAACAUCCGGAGGAAGCUCGCCUUAUCAGAGACAGAGUACACGCUAUCACUGACAACUGGGAAGACCUCACGCAGAUGCUGAAAGAGCGUGAUUCUAAGCUGGAAGAAGCAGGUGACCUGCAUCGCUUCCUGCGCUCUGUGGAUCACUUCCAAGCCUGGCUGACCAAGACACAGACCGAUGUUGCUUCAGAAGAUAUACCAGCAAGCUUGCCAGAAGCGGAGAAGCUCUUGUCACAGCAUCAGACCAUCAAGGAAGAGAUCGACAAUUACAAGGACGAAUACGCCAAGAUGAUGGAGUAUGGAGAGAAAAUUACAGCCGAACCUUCGACCCAGGACGAUCCUCAGUAUAUGUUCCUUCGCGAGCGUCUGAAGGCUCUCCGCGAGGGCUGGGCCGAGUUACAGCAGAUGUGGGAGAACAGACAGCAGCUGCUGACACAGUCCCUGGAACUACAGCUGUUACAGAGAGACGCAAGACAGGCGGAGGUGUUACUCGCACACCAAGAGCAUAGGCUGGCUAAGACUGAACCGCCAGCUAACCUCGAACAAGCUGAAAAUAUGAUCAAAGAGAACGAAGCAUUCCUCACUACUAUGGAGGCGAACGAUGACAAGAUAAACUCAGUGGUUCAGUUCGCUAACAGACUCGUUGAAGAGAGGCACUUCGAUGCUGACAAGAUACAACGCAAGGCGGAGAGCAUUCGCUCGAGACGCGAUGCUAACAAGGAGAAGGCUCUACAGCAGAUGGAGAAACUACAAGACCAACUGCAACUACACCAGUUCCUGCAGGACUGUGACGAGCUAGGAGAAUGGGUGCAGGAGAAGAACGUGACCGCGCAGGACGACACGUACCGCUCCGCCAAGACCAUCCACUCUAAGUGGACCCGCCAUCAAGCCUUCGAAGCGGAGAUCGCCGCCAACAAGGAACGCCUCUUCGCCGUGCAGAACGCGGCCGAGGAACUCAUGAAACAGAAACCCGAAUUCGUCGAAGUGAUAUCACCAAAAAUGCACGAACUACAAGAUCAGUUCGAGAAUCUGCAGACGACUACGAAAGAGAAGGGCGAGCGGCUGUUCGACGCGAACCGAGAAGUACUCCUACACCAGACAUGCGACGACAUCGACUCGUGGAUGAACGAGCUGGAGAAACAGAUCGAGAACACGGACACAGGCACUGAUCUGGCAUCUGUCAACAUUCUGAUGCAGAAGCAACAGAUGAUCGAGACUCAGAUGGCCGUCAAGGCGAAGCAGGUGACGGAGUUGGAGACGCAGGCCGAGUACCUGCAGAAGACCGUCCCCGACAAGAUGGAGGAGAUCAAGGAGAAGAAGAAGUCCGUGGAGCAGAGGUUCGAACAGCUCAAGGCGCCGCUACUGGACCGACAGAGGCAGCUCGCCAAGAAGAAAGAAGCCUUCCAGUUCCGACGAGACGUAGAGGAUGAAAAACUGUGGAUCCACGAGAAACUACCGGUCGCUAGCAACACAGACUACGGUAACUCACUGUUCAACGUACAGAUGCUACAGAAGAAGAACCAGUCGCUGAAGACGGAGACAGACAACCACGAGCCAAGGAUACUCACCGUCAUCUCCAAUGGACAGAAAUUGAUCGACGAGGGUCACGAGGACGCACCCGAAUUUAAAAGUCGUAUUGAAGAACUCACCGCUCGUUGGCGAGAACUUAAAGAUGCCAUCGAACAACGUAAAAACAAUCUGUCCCAAUGGGAGAAGGCUCAACAAUAUCUGUUCGACGCGAACGAAGCUGAGGCGUGGAUGAGCGAACAGGAGUUGUAUAUGAUGGUCGAGGAUAGAGGCAAGGACGAGAUAUCAGCUCAGAACCUGAUGAAGAAACACGAGAUACUGGAACAAGCUGUGGACGACUACGCACAGACCAUCAGGCAACUGGGAGAAACUGUACGACAACUGACUAGUGAGGAACAUCCGCUAAGUGAGCAAAUCUCCGUGAAGCAAUCUCAAGUGGACAAGCUGUACGCGGGUCUAAAGGACUUGGCUGGCGAGCGUCGCGCCAAGCUGGAUGAAGCUUUACGGCUCUUCCAGCUAUCGAGGGAGGUCGAUGACCUUGAACAAUGGAUCACAGAGAGAGAACUGGUCGCCAGCUCACAGGAACUCGGACAGGACUACGAUCAUGUCACGUUGCUUUGGGAGAGAUUCAAGGAGUUCGCUCGUGAGACUCAAAGCGUUGGUUCAGAGAGAGUCGGGACAGCGGAGAGGAUCGCUGACCAGAUGAUCUUCAUGGGACACUCAGACAACGCUACCAUCGCUCAGUGGAAGGAAAGUUUGAGAGAGACUUGGCAGGACCUGCUGGAACUCAUUGAUACGAGGACACAGAUGUUGGCCGCGUCCCGUGAGUUACACAAGUACUUCCACGACUGCAAGGACACUCUCCAGCGUGUGAACGAGAAGGCGCGCGGAGUGAGCGAGGAGCUGGGACGGGACGCUAUCAGUGUUAGCGCGCUGCAGAGGAAACAUCACAACUUCAUGCAGGACCUUAGCACUCUACAGCAGCAGGUUGAAGCCAUAGAAUCCGAAUGCAGCCGUCUCGGAGCGUCAUACGCGGGCGAGAAGGCGGCGGAGAUCACCCGCCGCGCCGGCGAGGUGGUGGAGGCGUGGCGGGCGCUGCAGGCGGCGUGCGGCGCGCGGAGGGAGAAGCUGGAGGACGCGGACCAGCUGUACCGGUUCAUCAGCAUGGUGCGCGACCUCACGCUGUGGAUGGACGACGUGGUGCGCUCCAUGAACACCGGGGAGAAGCCGCGUGACGUGAGCGGCGUGGAGCUCCUGAUGAACAACCACCAGUCGUUGAAGGCGGAGAUCGAGACCCGCGAGGACAAGUUCACGGCCUGCAUCAGCCUGGGCCGGGAGCUGCUCGCGCGGCAACACUACGCCUCGCCCGACAUACGGGACAAGCUGCUGCAGCUGACCAACCAGAGGAACGCGCUGCUGAGGAGGUGGGAGGAGCGCUGGGAGAACCUGCAGCUCAUUCUCGAGGUGUAUCAAUUCGCCCGCGACGCGGCGGUGGCGGAGGCCUGGCUCAUCGCUCAGGAGCCCUACCUCAUGUCGCAAGAGCUGGGACACACUAUCGACGAAGUGGAGAGCCUCAUUAAGAAACACGAAGCCUUCGAAAAAUCCGCUGCCGCUCAAGAAGAUCGCUUCUCAGCUCUACAGAGACUUACCACCCUUGAAACGAAAGCGGGAACUCUAUGGCCUAAAGAAAAGCCAUGGGAAACGUGCGACGAAUCCUCUUUUAUUUAUGAACCUCCCACGAGCGAUAAGAUAAAAAGUCGCCCUCCAGAUUUAAAAAUCACAAACGACCGCCCUGUCGGGGAAAUAGUAUGCGAAAUAGUUCACACGAAUGAUAAAUAUAAACUACCAGAGAAAUAUAUAUCGAAGCGAGUAAAUGACAACCAAACCAAGCCGGCGACCAAAAACGAUUCAUACCUAUGGACGGUUGUUAAGAACAGUUUAUCAACUAUAUCUGAAGACAGCACUCCGCAAAGAUCACCGCUAAAGACACCUCUAUCACCAGAGAUAUACAGUUCAAUAUUCUUUGAAUAUAAUUAUGAGAAUGAGAAAAGUGAUGAUAGAUUGGCCUGCAUCGAUUUAAUACUAUGGGAGAGACUAUCCUAUUUGGGAGUAUAUCCAAACGUAUCGCUAUUAAGACGACGCAGUACUUCGUCUUCCAAAUCCGGUAGUAGGAAGAGUCUUUGGAAGAGAUUGUCAUGGAAAAGGAAGUCUUAUGAAGGAGAUAAUAGUAGCGAAAUUGCCGUGCUGUCGCUACCAGGAUUCACGAGCAGCACGAGAGCGGUCAAUGAUCUGGGAAACGAAAUUAAAUCGAUACCAUUAACAUCUUCAUUGCUUUUACUAUCACAAACACGCAGCCUUUUGUUCCCUGAAGGUGACUGGUACUAUAACUAUAUGGAUAGUUUCGAGGUGAAGGAGAUGAAGCGUCGCCAGGAGGCGGCAGAGGCUGCGGAGAGAGAGAGGAGGGAGAGGGAGGCGGAGGAGGCGGCGCGGGACACGCUGGACGCGGCACAGGAACAGGAACAGGAACCGGAAGUCGUAAGGAGAACGUCCACUAAAGCGGCUGAGAAAUCACAAGAGCGACCGCAUUCCCAGCCAGAUUCCCCCACUCCCGCCACCCUGACUCCGCCCUCGCCCGCAAAGGUCGAUGACCCCCGACCCGCGCAGAAACAGACCCCAGCGAAACCCGCCAGGCUCUCCACAGCCGGAACCAGCUCGACUCCAGUGACGCCGUCUACUUCCGGUAAGGUGAAGACGCGAUCUCGAAGCAAGUCGCCGUUCAGAAGCUUCCGUUGGAGAACGGCCAAGAAACUUCUGACAGGAGCUCAUCACAGCGACGACGAAGAGGGCGUAAGUCCCGCAGGGGAGGACGAAGGCGUCGAAGGAACGUUGGUUCGUAAGCACGAGUGGGAAUCAGCAGCCAAGCGAGCCUCCAACAGAUCGUGGGACAAACUGUACGUGGUCGCCAAGGACGGUCGCAUGGCGUUCUACAAGGAUGUGAAGUCAUACAAGGCAGCGCCGGAACAACAUUACCGCGGGGAGGCGCCGCUAGACCUGAACGGAGCAGUGGUAGAGGUCGCUGCCAACUACACUAAGAAGAAACACGUCUUCCGUCUCAGACUUAGCAGCGGCGCGGAGUUCCUUCUUCAGGCUCACGAUGAAGCGGACAUGUCCUCGUGGCUCGAGGCGUUGAGAGCAAGAGCCGCCGCGCCCGCGCCUCGCUCACACACACUGCCCGCACACACCGCGCACGAACCCAAGAGGAGGUCCUUCUUCACGCUCAAGAAGAACUAA